AUGUCUGCAACUUCUUCUGCAAACGGUCAACCAUACCACAAAUCGUACGUUCUGUACUCCACAUCAGGCCGAACACCAUGGUCCAACCCAUCAACCCAAACCUCAAUCUAUCGAGGGUCCGCCAAAGGCCAACCCGAAGCUUGGAUAAGCUACAUCAAAGCUGCUCAUGAGGCGAACCCUGAUCCAACAGGUUUGAGUUCAAGUAGCUGGAUCCAAACCAGUCAAGGGGUUAUGGAUUCCGCUAAAGAUACGAUGGAUUGCCUACGAUACGAUGCCGAUGAGGAAGAUACAGCAUUCGUACCCGUUAGUCAAUCAGUUUUAGACGAAUAUAACCGAUUGGUUGACCAUGUCGAUUUCACCCCUGGUUGUGUUGGGUCAAUCCUUUGUUUCCAUGAUGGUUCAACCAGAGGAUACGUUAAACCUGAUGACAACGCAAGUACUUUAGAGGAAAAUGCCAAUAGAGUUCGAUGGGCCAUGCAAGAAAACAGCUCAGACCAAGGUAUCGUCGCUUGGAAUGUCAAAGAUCGGGGUAUGAUGGAUUUACCUUUCUUGAUUUAG